GGUGAGAGCGAGUGGGGACGAGGAGGAGCGUGGCGGACUAGGUGGUGUGCAGGGGUGCGCCUGCGUUUGUCCGGCGCGUGAGCACAGGCAUCCUGGAGGCCCCUUGGUCUUUGUGUUGAUAGGGAACCCUUCGCGUCCAGGGACUUAAUUCACUCAAGCGUGGGAUCCCUGAGUUGCAGUCAAGUAAGAGAAAAGGGUCUGAGUCUCCCGUGACGCUGAUCUCUGGCGUUCUUUCCCCUUUUCGUAAAAAUGUAUUGUAAAUUUAUGAAUUUCCAGAGAUGUCUUUGCCAUCCUCCCCACCCCCAUUUCCCAGCGCUAACCAUCCAAGCUUGACUCUUGUCCCGGAGUCUGAGUUUUAGCCGGUAAAGUAUUCGGAAGCGUAAACUUUUUUUUUUUUGGCAAAUGCUCAGUGUUGAGGUCAAGGCUAUUUAAUGAGGUAAGCCGCGGUAUCUUUUAUCUGUGACUCUCUCGUAUCCUUCUGCAGAAAAGCGCCUAAGAAACGGUCAUAAAUAUCGAUAAAGUGCCAUAGUUUAGUUUCUGCCCUUGGAUUUGUCACGAAGUAUAAAGUGACUAAUCUAGCGUCAUUGUAGGCAUUCAGCAAAUGUUUCAGUUUGGAGUCGCUAUUGCUGGAUUAGUAUAUGGUAUUUACUUGCUUCCCCGCUCUGUGUUACUGAGCUGUUUCAGACAGGAAGUGAGAGAAGUUGAGCCUUGUUAGUGUGCAAGAGGAAACUAAGACUAUAGAAGAACUCACAUUAUCAGAGCUUCGUUUUUUGAUCCUGACACUCUUAGUUUUGGAUCGGAUGAUCGGAAAGAAUUGUUAAUGGACUUUUUCUAUGGGGGAUGCAGAAGAAGUUCUUUUGUUUCAUUUGUUUUAUUGGACUUUUAGAAGUUCCAAAUAGGUUCUUGAUUUGGUAUCAUCUCAAAUGCUUCAUAACAGGUUGGCUUUGAACUCUGAUCUUCCUGCCUCAAGUCUCUCCCAAGUGUUAAAGGUAUAGGUAUAUAAGUAGGCUGAGUUGGGGAUUUGAGAUGAACUGUUGAUAAAGAUUUUCUGUUUAAUGAUGUAAUCAUAGAAGGUAAUUGGAAAUAAGUGAGUAAAACUGAGCCUGGUGGCAGAGGUCUGUGAUCUCAGCUCCUCGGGCAUCAGAGGCCAGAGGAUGGAAGGUUUCAGGGGCAGUUUGUGAAACUUUGUGAGGCCUAAAUCUCAAAAUAGUAAAAAAAAAAAAAAAAAGGAGGGGGGGUGUUCAAAAUAGUAAAAGGGAUCUGAGGAUAGCUCUGCCGUAGAGCACUGCCUCGUACAAAGAAGAACUCAGUUUAAUUCCUAGUGACACUACUACAAAAAAAUGUUGGGAAUAAGGAAAGUUAAAAAAAAAGGUGGUUCUUUGUGAUAGUGGGUAUAGAAUUACAACAAAAUUCAAUAUGAAGUUAUCUAUCAUAGUUCUUUUGAGGUCAGGUCUCAUCCUGUAGCCUGGCCUGGAACUUAACUGCUGGCCUGACAUUUGUGGUAUUCUUGCUGCAGCUUUCCAGCUGCUAACAUGGCAGGCAUGACCCCACUAAGCUUGGGUAGAAAUGAAUGGUGUAUUCUUAGUGUGUCCUCUCAGAAACUGGCAUCCCCUGCUUGAGAGGCAGAAUUGUCUUUUCCUGGGAGGUGGGAGUGAUUAGUAAUAAGUGCUGCUAUGCUUCAGGUGCCUUUAAUAUUCAUUUAUCACGCCACGAAGGGGAGGUUAGCCUUGUUGGCAUUUGUUUGGCAGGCUUUUUGAGAUGCUUCUGUUUGUUUGCUAGGCACUGGGGGUUUGGUGAUGUGCCCCCUGGACUUAGUGAGAUAAGAGACGCAUGGGCAGCAGGCACUUUGUUCAGUAGCUUGUCCCAGGUCACACAGAUGAUAAGAAUUGGAUUAAAAAUGUUUAAGGUCAUUUUUCCAGAAUACCAAACCAUUCUCUCAGUAGCAUAUCUGAUUUUGAAAUUUCUCAUCCUUAGAAUGACCUAGCAGUUUGCACACAGGAGAGCUGGGGAAGCCAAUGGAGAGGACAAGUGCCUUUGAGGCAAGAGGAUGGUUGGAGGAGAUGCUGACUUGAGGCAUGUGGGGUCCUAAGCUAGGCUUUCAUGCGGGAGGAGGAGAGUGCCUUGAAACUGUCUUGGGGCCCCAGGGUGUGUGCUUCGAGACAGUUUUUAUGAGGCACCUGGGAUGUGUCUGGGAGGAAAGUCUGAUUAAAGAAAUGUAGCAGACUUUUAUGCUUGGGAAUUUUGUUUGUUAUUGGGGGGGAAUUUAUUGGAGCAGAGGAGUCAACUGAAGUUACCACUUUUUUAAAAGUUUUUCUCUUGGGAUGUGCAGAUAAUUAAGUCAAGAGAUGGCAAAUCACAUGUAAGAAAAUUCACUUGAAAGUACUUCGUUAAUUCUAAGUUGAACUUCAGAUGCAAAAGUAUUACUAAGACAACAUGUUACAUUUCGUAGCUAGAUUAAGCUGUCAUUUCAGAACACCUUUACCAGUAGAAAAUAGUUCCGAACUGCUGAACUGGGUAUCUUCUGACUCAGAACAGAAGUCAGACCACUCCCUCCAUGAGUCAGUCAAGUAAUAUUUAAUUUGAACCAAGUUUAUAGCAGAAACCAUUUACAACAUCACUUAACUUUGGUGGCAUAAAGGAAGGAAGAGUAAACAGUAAAGGAAUGCUUCUGCAAGUGUUGCUUAAAGUCAAAGGGGCCACGCAUAGUGGUUGGAAAUUGUGAGCAGUUACAGUGUAUUUCCCUCUCUUCUCUCCUUCUCUUUCUUUCCUUCUUUCCCUUUCAGUUAGGUCCACCUCCCACUCUACCUCUUUUGAACCCAGGGCCUCCUGUCACUCUCCUACAGAGCUGCACCCUAAGCCUUUGAGGACAGUUUUGACAGUGUUGAAAUUCAUUAGGGUCUUACAUUACAGUUCUACCUUUUAUUGAAAUCAGGGGUUAGAGUUCAGUAAAAGCUCUGGAGAAAGCAUUCUCAAAGAAAACUUCAGGGAAAUGACACACAACUUUUUCCACGUUCACUCUGGAGAUUGAAACUUCAUUUAUGCCUAAAUAGAAGUUAGGGAUUGUUAAGUAAGAUUUUGAGUGAGUAGCAAUCUGGACCCAGUUUAAUGUGGUAGAGUAAUAGAGCAAAUUAGCACGAGGGUCGAGGUAGAGUGGUUUUAGGUGCUUGUAAAAAUAUGUUAAAGUUUGGUGUUCUUGGUUACAGCACUAAAAAUAGUGUUUCCUUUUUAGAGGACUGUAUGUGUCUGAUCACAAAGUAUAACCUUUAUAUCCAUCAAGGUGAUGGUUCCACAGGUAAAGGUGCUUGUGCCAUCCUUGGUUGGGGCUCUCAUGAUAGGAGGAGGGAACCAGCUGCAGGUUGUGCUAUGACUUCCACACAAAUGCACAUAUACAAACAUGGGCAAAAUAAAUGCAAACAAUAAUUCAUCACAUUAAUCUCAUAGCGGUACUCUUUCAUCUUUACAAGUAAGGAAAUCGGAUUAUAGAAUAAAUGUUGAAUUCCUUGUAUUGCGGUCUAAGCUGAGACGAUAGUAAGUACACGGUGGUGAGUGGGAAUUGUUUUUCUUUUAGAAUUAAAGCACUUACAUCCCUGCUGAAGCAGUGGAUGCUACUAAUCAGAAUUGCUUUGGGAAAUUGCGAUUUGAGUUUAAUCUAUUGAAAGCAGGGAAGAGUUGUUCCCCAUUUUCAAUUUCAAAACUGUUAUACAUAGAUGUCUGGUAUCACCGUGACCUACAUGGUUGUCCAUGAACUGUGUUUUCUAGUUCACUGGACUCACUGGACUGCCUCUUGGGCCUUAGUGCCUUAUAGGAAGGAGUGCCCACGAUAGAGCUGAAGUGGGUGAUGUGCAUAAAUCUCCUGCCCUUUGGAAUUGUAGAGGCCAUUGUUACAAAUUGCCAUUUUCCCUGCACCUCCAUGAAGAAAAGCUGCUUAGAAACUGUUUUUUUUUCAACAGUUGUAAUGUUUUUACAUUUGUACAAUAUUGUAUAAUAUAUGAACCUUUGUUCAUUUACAAUUUGAAUUAUUUCAUAUAGUAAGGGCAAGUAGUAUUUUUUAUUUUAAAAGUAGAAAUCAGAAAGUAAGAUUAAGAAAUAUACAUGAAGAUAAAUUUCAAAUUCAACAAAUUCGCAUUUAUCCUCCCAUCCCCCGUAACCACUUUCUCUGUCAAGUUAUUUUUGUGUAGUCUGCAAGCAGGGUAAUGGAGAAAUGGCCCAGCAAUCAAGAUUAGGCAUUGCUCAGAGUGGAUAUUCCCAGUUUAGUUCUCUGAACCCACAUUGAGAAGCUCACAAAUGACUAUGACUUUAGCUUCAGGAAAUCUGAAACCCUCUUCUGACCUCUGCAGGCACCUGGACUCACACCCACACAGGCCAAACAGGUUUUUCGUUGGAAUAUACGUUGCACAUUUAUGGCGAUUCUGAGCGUGAGGGCAGACUUCUGCCAGGCUCAGCACAGCCUUUCCGCUGACAAGUGAGCUUGGGGUUAUACGUGCCAUAAUUAACAUUGCCUUGACGACUCUGGACACCGAGACUGGCCUCAGAAGUAGUAGGCUUUUUUUUUUUUUAAAUUGCAAGCGUAUUCUUUUAAUGACUCCAGUAAAAUUAAGCAUCAAGUAAACAAAAGUGGAGAAGAACCUACACUUUUAACUUGUCUCACUAGUGCCUAAAUGUAGUAAAAAGGCUGCUUAAAUUUUGUAUGUAGUUGGAUUUAUUUUGGAAGCUGAAGGUAUCCAUCUGCAGACAUUGAGGCUCAAGUUGAAUUUGGAUUCAAGUGGAUUCUUAAUACUUCUGCCUGUGCUGAAGAGAGAAGCUUCCUAAGGAACAAGCAAGUUGAAUAGAGAAAAUAGUGAUCAAUAAUAGGCAUUUUAGUGGUCUUUUUAAUGUUUUCUGCUGCGGAACAUUUCAAGAUUUAUUGAUUUCCUCCUCCCCCCAUUUUUUUCCCACCACACUCACACACGCACGCUCACACUUUUUAUUUGCCAUAAUGAACCGUCCAGCCCCUGUGGAGAUCUCUUAUGAGAACAUGCGUUUUCUGAUAACUCACAACCCCACCAAUGCGACUCUCAACAAGUUCACAGAGGAACUUAAGAAGUACGGAGUGACAACUUUGGUUCGAGUUUGUGAUGCUACAUAUGAUAAAGCUCCAGUUGAAAAAGAAGGAAUCCACGUUCUAGAUUGGCCGUUUGAUGAUGGAGCUCCACCCCCUAAUCAGAUAGUAGAUGAUUGGCUAAACCUGUUAAAAACCAAAUUUCGUGAAGAGCCAGGCUGUUGUGUUGCAGUGCAUUGUGUUGCAGGAUUGGGAAGGGCUCCUGUGCUAGUUGCGCUUGCAUUGAUUGAAUGCGGAAUGAAGUAUGAAGAUGCUGUUCAAUUUAUAAGACAAAAAAGAAGAGGAGCAUUCAAUUCCAAACAGCUGCUUUACUUGGAGAAGUACCGACCUAAGAUGCGGUUACGCUUCAGAGAUACCAAUGGGCACUGCUGUGUUCAGUAGAAGUAGAAGCAGGCUGGCUGGAUCGUGGCAUUAGAGGGAACUCUUGGUACCUGGAAAUGUGAAUCUGGAUUCUUACCUGUGUCAUCAGAGUAGUAAUGGAUUCAGUACUCCUCAACUCCUAAUGAUUGAGAAGAAGGCAAACGAUAAAGAAAUCCCUCUAUUACACGAAUAAAAUGUUUAAGAAAAGAAAAAAGAAAGGAAAGGGGAUUAAUUUAGUGAAAGAUGAUUUUGCUCCUAGUUUUGAUUUCUGCCAGGAUUGAAUUAUUUCAAAAUCUCCUGUGUUUUUUAAGCUUUUUCAAAAUAGAUGUCUGAGGAAAACCAGCAGAAUAUUAACCAGUGUGGAGCCAGUUGUUGGGAGCACACACUUCCAUUAUGCUUGGCACAUAGGUCUCCUUGUGGUGGGUGGGAUCUGGGGGAGGUAGAUUUUCCUCAUCUCUCUUCCUGCCUCCCUCCCAUCUCCUGAUCCACAUAGAUGGAAUAGAAAGCAGCCUUUGUUGCUGUAGAUGUGCGUGUGUCUGGCAGCCUUAAGCCCACCUGGGCACUUUUAGGGAAAAAAAAAAAAAAACAAAAAAAACCAACAAAAAAAUAAAUAAAAAUAAAAGCAAAGAAAAGGCAGUGGCGCAUAUAUUCUGUGGUCCAGGCUGUUUCUAGUCUAUUGAUGAUGGAUGCUUAUAUUAGUUUUUUUUUUUAACCCCCUUGUGCCCCUGAUCUACCAUUAGGGUGUGAGAGGUAGCCAGGAACCUUUGGUUUUAUAAAUGGUGACGAAAUGACAUCCUAAACAGAGUCUUUCUCCUGUAAUUUAGCUGAGAGAAUUCUUUUUCCCAACAGUGAAACAAGUGGGCCUCCUAGAAACUUUAUUGCAGAGAUGACUGGAGGCCAUUGGUGUUUCCAGGAGAGCUAGCAUGUUUCUACAAGUGUAGGACUGGAUUGUGGAUCUGCUAUCUAACAAUGUCAUGGAAAAGUGGUAUCUUAAAAUUUUAGGACCGAUUUCAGAAAUAGUCAAAGGAGCAACAGAACAUUCAUUGUAUUUUGGUCUUGAGAAAUGCCUAUAGUUUUCCAAAUUAUUCUUGUACAGUUUUAUUUGUACAGUUCAGUGUAACCACCUAUCAUCUUGUUAACACUAGAUUCUUCUGAGAUUCAAAAAGAAAAAUCACUGUCAGAGCUAGCCUUGCCUAGUGAGUCUGUGUCCACAGGCUGUAACAGGGUGGAAGAGCAACAGUAGGCAGCCCAGGGAGCAGCAUGUGCUCACGGCAUCAUGUGGCAGUGGUGUGGGGUCUCUGCUCAGUGUGUUGAUACAGAAAAGCUGUUUUUCCUUGUUUGCAGAAGUUGACCAGACAAAGCAAAUGGAGGGGCACCUCUGUGUACCCUCUUCACCUAAGUGUUUAUAACCAGCAGUACCCUGCUACAAGCCUUGGGUGCAGCCAUCACUGGAUUUUGAUCGUCAGGCCAGCAGGAUGGAUGACAUCUCAUUGAUAGUACCCAGAUGUUGGUGGCUUUCUGAGUUGCCUGUUUACUGUUGAUGCAAUUGUUUUGAUUUUUAACUAAAUGCAAAUACCUUCCUGCCUCAUCCCAGAAAAUGAAAAAUAAUGCUUUUGACACUGUUUCUAGAAUUUUAAAGUUGAAAAAUGAUGAUAUAAUCCAGAAAUUGUUACUUCGGAGCAUGACAAUAGAUUUCUUUAACAAAGACUCAAGAUCAAAUUUCUUACCUAAAAGUUUAGGUUAACUGUUGACUCCUCAAGGGUUUUGAUCAAUAUCACCCAAACCUUUUCCACUUGACAUGCUAGAAUUUUGGUGUGUGUGUGUGUGUGUGUGUAUUUGUUCACGAGCACAAUAGCUCCCAUGGGGGUCUGCACAUGCAGGUGUCCACCAGCAUAGCCUGCCUGAGAUAGUGUCAUUCCUGGUUCUGGGGAGAAGGGUGUGUGAAGGAGAAUAAAGCAGCCCUUUGUCUUAAAGAAGACUAAUGUUAAUUGUUCUCAGAACUGGACGUUUUUUUUCCCCCCAUCAAAAUUAAAACUCUUUCUUUUGGAUUUAAUGAAGUAUUGCUAACUGAAGCCAGUUUGACUUGUGAGAGAGGUUAGACUGACAGAAGGUGUGCAGCCUGAUUUACAACCAAACCCUGAACCCUUUUGAAGAACAAUAAAACAUAUUUUACAUGC